AUGUCUCAUUCGCCGCAUCGCCCCGACUUUUUCCACCAUUUUGCAGUGCUUGUCAUCGCGCAGUGCUUCGGUUUGAUGCCCGUCUGUGGCGUGCGAGCGGCAACGGCGCGCGGCCUCUGCUUCAGCCGUCGCAGCUGGCGCACCUGGUACAGUAUGCUCUACAUUGGCUCCAUCUCGUUCGAUACGCUGCUCGCUAUUAAUUUGGCACUGCAUGGCAGUCUGGAUGUGCGCAGUGUGGAACCAAUCGUCUUCCAUGGCAGCAUCCUGUGGGCCAGCUAUCAAUUCCUACAAUUGGCCCGCCUAUGGCCCCAACUGAUGCGACGCUGGGCGAGAGUGGAGACGCAGCUGCCCUCUUAUGUCACCUGGCAGGGACGAGAGCAACUGGCUCGACGCAUGCACAGCGUGGCGUUCGCUCUGCUCUCGCUUUCGCUCAUGGAACACCUGUUGAGCAUCAUCUCAGCCGUUUAUCCUGAAGUCUGCCCGUUGCGGCAGGAUCCAAUCGAAUCGUAUUUCUAUGCGGCUGCCCGCCAGCUCUUUCACGUCUUUCCCUAUAGCAACUGGCUUGGCUGGCUGGGCAAGCUACUGAAUGUGCUGCUCACCUUUGGCUGGAACUACAUUGAUCUCUUUGUCAUACUGGUGGGCAUCGGCCUGAGUCAUCUGCUCUCACGGCUCACGUGCCAGCUGCAGCAGUUGGUGCAGAGAGUGAGUGUCCUACAUGCUGCAUAG